AUGACUACUUUUACUGAUUUUAUUCUCCUAAGGAAUACAAACUAUAAAGGGGCUCUAUAUGACAAAUUCCCAAAGAUAUACAAUGUUUAUUUCAUUGCUAUUAUUUCAUGUCUAUCUGGUUUAAUGUUCGGUUUUGAUAUUUCAUCAAUGUCUUCAAUGAUUGGUACGGAAGGUUACAUUGAAUAUUUUGGUACUCCAGACUCUACUACUCAAGGUGGUAUUACUGCAUCCAUGGCUGCUGGUUCUCUAGGUGGCGCUCUUGUCUCUCCAAAAUUCUCUGACGCUUUCGGUAGAAGAGUAUCUUUACAUUUAUGUGCCGCUUUCUGGAUCAUCGGUGCUAUUAUUCAAUGUGCUUCUCAAAAUGUUGGCAUGUUAGUUGCCGGUAGAGUAAUUUCUGGUAUUGGUAUCGGUUUCGGUUCUUCAACUGCUCCAGUUUAUUGUUCUGAAGUUUCUCCACCAAAAAUCAGAGGUACUAUUGCUGGUAUUUUCCAAUUUUCUGUCACUCUCGGUAUUAUGAUUUUAUUCUAUAUCGGUUAUGGUUGUCACUUCAUACAAUCUGAUGCUGCAUUUAGAGUUACUUGGGGUCUCCAACUUGUUCCAGGUGUUAUAUUAUUAAUCUUCACUUUCUUUUUACCAGAAUCUCCAAGAUGGUUAGCAACUCAUGAUCGUUUUGAUGAAGCUAAAUUCGUUGUCGCUAAAGUUGGCGCCAAAGGUGAUAUUCAUGAUCCUGAAGUUAAACUUCAAUGUCAAGAAAUUAGAGAACAAGCUUUAAUUGACAAGGAAGCUGAUGCUUUUACAUACUUCGAUUUAUUCAGAAAGAAGACCAUAAGAAAGACUAUUGUUGGUAUGUCCGCACAAAUGUGGCAACAAUUAUGUGGUAUGAAUGUUAUGAUGUACUAUAUUGUCUACAUUUUCCAAAUGGCCGGUUACUCUGGUAACACCCUUUUAGUUUCUGGUUCAAUUCAAUAUGUUUUAAAUGUCGUCAUGACCAUCCCAGCAUUAUUCUUAGUCGACAAAGUUGGUAGAAGACCAAUUUUAAUAAUCGGCGGUAUCUUCAUGUUCUCCUGGUUAUUUGCUGUCGCUGGUCUAUUAGCUACUUACUCUGUUCCUGCUCCAAAUGGGUUUAAUGGUGAUGAUACUGUCCGUAUCAGAAUCCCAGAUAGCGAACCUGCUGCUGCCAAAGGUGUUAUUGCUUGUUGUUACUUAUUCGUCUGUUCAUUCGCCCCAACCUGGGGUAUUGGUAUCUGGAUUUAUUGCUCUGAAAUUUUCAACAAUGUUGAAAGAGCUAAGGGUUCUGCUUUAUCCGCUAGUGUUAACUGGGCAUUCAACUUUGCAUUAGCAAUGUUUGUCCCAUCUGCAUUCAAAAACAUCACAUGGAAGACCUACAUAAUUUUUGGUGUCUUCUCCGUAGCUCUAACUAUUCAAACAUUCCUCAUGUUCCCAGAAACCAAAGGUAAAACAUUAGAAGAGAUUGACAUGAUGUGGGCAGCCAACAUUCCAGCUUGGAAAACUGCUAGCUUCGAACCUGUAUUACCAGAAAUUGAUUUAUCCACUGAUGAUCAAAAACAAGGUAGUCAAGACUUUGACUCUAAUGUUAACCAUGUUGAGGAUGAAAAACAAGUAGUAUACCAUAAUGAUAUUGCUGACGAUGUCUCUUCCUUAUAA